AUCAGUCUCGUCUCCUCUCUCACUGCGCACUCGGGCAGUGGCAGCUCUCAACGCAAAUGCCGGGCUUGUGGCCUCUUAUAACAUGAUCGUCGCGCUCAAUCGGCUCCCUCUCCCAUCUCGGUCAGCUUCGACAAGAUCCUGGCAGACUGUCUCCAGCUGGCGACGUCCCCGUCCGCACUGCUUUCGUCCGGAAUCUAUCGCUUCAGGAGAAACGCGCAUGAAAGUCGCUGGCCCGGGGCUCUGGGCUCAUUGAAUCGUAUCCCAUGCCCUCUCGACUCGGCUCGACUCGACGCGACUGCAACCUAGCACAUGAGAUUCUCUGUCUGCUUCAACUGGACGCUUCUCGGAAGAUCAUACGCGUACAAUCCUUGCUACGUUCUUUUGUAGUCACGUAUCAAUUCACAAUGCAAUACCUGUCCCUUCC